CAGCGGUUCUCUAGUUCUUCUGCUUUUAAAGAGGUUCUCGUCUUUAAACACUGACCGGGUUAGUGGACGCCUCUACUUGCCUGCGAAACAUUAAAAGUCAUGGCAUUAUUGACCGUACGUCUUGCAGCUUCGGUAGCGAAACAGCUGCCCAACAGCCAGUUGACCUGGCCCACUGCUGUUGUUGCUUCGAGAAAAUAUCAUGUCUCCUGCAGUCGCAAAUCCGCUGAGCUAUCAUCCAUUCUCGAAGAACGAAUUUUGGGUACUACCACCAAAACCAACCUUGAAGAGACUGGUCGCGUGCUCAGUAUCGGAGAUGGUAUCGCUCGUGUUUAUGGUCUUAAAAAUAUUCAAGCCGACGAGAUGGUGGAAUUUAGCUCCGGACUUAAAGGCAUGGCUUUGAAUUUGGAGCCUGACAAUGUUGGUAUUGUCGUUUUCGGUAAUGACAGGCACAUCAAAGAGGGUGACAUCGUAAAACGUACUGGGGCUAUCGUCGACGUUCCCGUCGGUGAUGAGCUUUUGGGUCGUGUUGUCGACGCCCUUGGUAAUCCCAUCGAUGGUAAAGGCCCUCUUAACAAUAAGCUUAAAUUCCGAAUUGGUACAAAGGCUCCUGGUAUUAUUCCUAGAGUGUCCGUUCGAGAACCCAUGCAAACGGGAAUCAAAGCCGUAGACUCGCUUGUGCCUAUUGGCCGUGGACAGCGUGAACUGAUUAUCGGUGACAGGCAGACUGGCAAGACCGCCCUGGCCAUUGAUACCAUUAUCAAUCAAAAACGGUUCAAUAGCGCUAGCGAUGAGAAAAAGAAAUUGUACUGCAUUUACGUAGCUGUCGGUCAGAAGAGAUCCACCGUUGCGCAAAUUGUAAAGCGUCUCACAGACAAUGGCGCUAUCAACUAUUCUAUUAUUGUCUCAGCUACUGCAUCUGAUGCUGCCCCUCUUCAGUACCUUGCACCCUAUUCUGGGUGUGCUAUGGGAGAAUACUUCAGAGAUAAUGGUAAACAUGCUCUCAUUAUCUACGACGAUUUGUCGAAACAGGCGGUUGCCUAUCGACAAAUGUCUUUACUACUGAGGCGACCGCCCGGUCGUGAGGCCUACCCCGGUGAUGUGUUCUACCUGCACUCACGUCUGCUCGAACGUGCCGCUAAAAUGAACGAAUCUCUUGGUGGCGGCUCUCUCACUGCCUUACCUGUCAUCGAAACUCAAGCCGGCGAUGUGUCAGCUUACAUUCCCACUAAUGUCAUCUCCAUUACAGACGGACAGAUCUUUUUAGAAACUGAAUUGUUCUAUAAGGGUAUCCGACCGGCUAUCAACGUCGGUCUCUCUGUAUCCCGUGUAGGGUCGGCUGCUCAAACCAAGGCCAUGAAGCAGGUCGCUGGUUCCAUGAAAUUGGAGUUGGCCCAGUAUCGUGAAGUGGCAGCCUUCGCCCAAUUUGGUUCUGAUUUGGACGCAGCCACCCAACAACUACUUAGCCGUGGUAUCCGUCUUACGGAAUUAUUGAAACAAGGACAGUAUGUGCCCAUGUCCAUUGAAGACCAGGUCGCCGUCAUUUACUGCGGUGUCCGUGGACACCUCGACAAAUUAGACCCUACCAAAAUCACUGACUUUGAAAAAAAAUUCCUUGCACAUAUUCGAUCAACACAAAAAGACCUUUUGGCUACAAUUGCAAAAGAAAAUGUCAUUAGUGAAGCAACAGAUGCUAAAUUGAAGACUCUCGUUUCUGAUUUCGUAGCCACCUUUACAUCAUAAGCUCCAAGUGUCAAAACAUCUGAGAACUCACUCAAUUACUUAGCUACAACAAUUGUUGUUACUGCCGAAACUUAUGUAUGCGUUUUAUAUUUCGAGGAUUGACUGUGAAUAUUCUCUAUGUACAUCUAUGUUAAAGCCAUUCAUAAGACAUAAAAUCUAGAAAAAAGAAAUAAACUAAUUCCACAUUCGAAAAAAAA